AUGCCAUGGUCCUCCUGUAUGAGACAUGAGGGCAUACCGACUGGCCGCAGGCAGAGGCAGCGGCGUGCAGACGAGAUCUGCCAAGGUUCGUCAUCACUCGGGGAGGGUACUCUAAAGCCGUCAAUAGCAAUUGACACUUCUGAUCCACAGGCCCAACCACAUAACCAGACACACGGGCCGUCAUGUCUACGUCCUUCGAGCGCUUGCUACUCCACGAGUGCAAGCCAACCAUCCGCCCGCCAUGACACCUCGCCGAAGUCGCAGAAGGGCCAGCCCGCGCAGAACUUCGCAGAAAGGGACUUCUUCCUCUCCGUGCUCGCCGCAAGUGCCACGAAAAGGGACGCGAAGUCCUAUCUAGCCCGUUUCAGACCAGUCGAUAAGCCAGAGAAGAGUAGAAGAGAGGCUGUGAAGACGGUCGUGGAUGACGCAUGGAAGCAGGAGCAGUGGAAUCAAUCAAGUGGUGUCAAUCUGGGCAAUCUGUAUGCUCCCACCAAAGCCAUUGGCGAAAGUCCCGUCUUUGCGCAGGAGCCCAUCCGGGAUCAGACCAAGAUCAGAAGCGCGGAAUUGGUGCACGUAGCCCUGGUCAAGCUCAGGGCUCCGCAGACCUGGAGCGAAGCCACCCUAAGUGGAGUCGCUCUAACUCUCAGUCAGCUGGCAGCCCUUGGUCUGCACAGCGCAAUCGUCGUUGACUGCGACGAGGUAUACACGCCUGAGAGGACCGAAGAGCUGUCACGCAAGUGGAGGGAAGAUGUCACGCGACAGGCAGAACGCAUCGUUGCUGCUAUAGCCGAGCACAACCCCAACGACGCCAUCCUACUCGACAACGCGCUUGGAGUGUCGGCGCUCAAGCAAGAAGUCCGUUCUACGGUCCAUGUUCGUGGAGGGGUAGAAGUCCAGUAUAGCAAGCUUCUCCUAGAUCCUCUGAUGAGAGGCUUGAUACCUGUGAUACCACCGAUAGCUUAUACCGUGGAUGAGCAGCGAGCUACGCGUGUACACCCUGAUGAUGCAGUCUUAGCAUUAACCAGGGAGUUCGCUGGUAUCACGACGCAGGCUGUAAACGGAUCAUCCUCAGCCAAGCCCCAUGAGACAGAUACGAAAACGGGCAGGUCACUCCAGAAUCAUGUUUCCCUUGACCGAGUCAUUGUCUUGGAUCCUCUUGGCGGCAUUCCUGCUGCGGACCGACCCGACAAUGCUCACAUCUUCAUUAACCUGGAGCAGGAGUACGAGGACAUCCGGCAAGAACUCACUAAGUCGUCGGACGCCGUUGAUGAUAUAGCCUUGUCACGGAAAGCAGGAGAAGCUGAGCAGUUCUCCAGUCUAGCUGCGAGCAAUCCGUUUUCUCGAUUUGUAGAGCAAGAGAUUGCGUCGCUGCCGCACACUGCGUCGACCGAGCGCACGUCGUUGAGUGGCAGCAAUACCAGACCACCGAGCCGACACCUCAAAAACCUCGAUCUAAUACAGCGAGCACUAGCUCUGCUUCCACCAUCCGCCUCCGCCUUCCUCACCACCCCCGACGAAGCCGCCAUCUCCGCGCGUCCGCCCGCCUCCGAGUCCUCCAGCACCGGCGUCCGCACCCGCCGCCAAAAGAACCCACUAAUCCACAACCUCCUAACCGACAAGCCCAUGGUCUCGUCCUCUCUCCCCUCCUCGCGCCUCCCCUCGACCUCUCCCUCCCGCACCACCACCCACGCCACCUUCCUCAAGAAAGGCAUGCCCUUAACCAUCAUCCCCGACCCGCGCCAACAUCCCUGGACGCCCCCCGGGCCAGAAGGAACGACUCUCUCUCUUAACGACCCCCGCAUCGAUUUCCCGCGCCUGCUCCACCUGAUUGAGGAUUCCUUCAACCGACCCCUAGACGUGCAGCACUAUCUCUCGCGCAUCCGGAACCGGCUGGCCGGCAUCAUCAUCGCGGGCGAAUAUGAAGGCGGGGCGCUGCUAACGUGGGAAGUGCCGCCCUCGCACCCGCAUCACCCGCCGGUGCCGUACCUAGAUAAGUUUGCGGUGCUGAAGCGGAGUCAGGGCGCUGGCGGGGUGGCGGACGUAGUCUUUAAGGCUAUGGUGCGAAGCUGUUUCCCACAGGGGGUGGUGUGGAGGAGUCGCCAGAACAACCCGGUCAACAAGUGGUAUUUUGAGAGGAGUAUGGGUACGUACAAGGUGCCGGGGACGCAGUGGACGAUGUUCUGGACGACGGAGGGGGUGGAGGGGAGGAGGGAGUUGUGGGAGGAUUACGUGGGGGUCUGUAGGGGGGUGGAGCCCAGCUGGGCGGAUAAGAAGGCGCCGGAUUAG